AUGAAACCUGAGAACGAGUUAAAGGAACCCACAGAAGAACCACGCAAGAGAAGUUUCAACAACCCUGGUGCCAGAAUGCCGAACAUCAAAGUAUUUACCGGGAGCUCACAUCCUGAGAUCGCGAAGAGGAUUGCUGCCAGGCUUGGCCUCAACUUGGGGAGAGCUACAACCAAGAAAUUUAGUAACAAGGAAACCAAUGUUGAGAUCGGUGAAUCAGUCAGAGGUGAAGAUGUGUAUAUUGUACAAAGUGGCUGCGGAGAAAUCAAUGACAACCUUAUGGAGCUCUUCAUCAUGAUCAACGCGUGUAAAAUCGCAUCAGCGUCCCGUGUAACAGCUGUAGUUCCCUGCUUCCCGUACUCCAGACAAGAUAAGAGGGAGAAGAGCAGAGCACCAAUCACAGCAAAAUUACUCGCCAACCUAGUGUCAGUGGCUGGUGCCGACCACGUCAUCACAAUUGACCUCCACUCCUCACAAAUCCAAGGAUUCUUCAACAUUCCUGUUGACAACUUAUAUGCUGAACCUGCUAUCACAAAAUGGAUUAAAGAAAACAUUCCUGAUUGGAAGACCAGUGUUAUGGUGUCACCAGAUGCCGGUGGUGUGAAAAGAAUGACAGCUAUUGCAGACAGACUGGAUAUUGACUUUGCUAUUAUCCAUAAAGAGAGGGAGAGAGCACAUGAAGGCGAUUCGACUGUCCUCGUGGGAUCCGUUCAGAACCGGACAGCGAUAAUGGUGGACGAUUUAGCAGACACUUGUGAUACAAUUGUCAAGGGAGCCGAGGCAUUGCGUGAGGCCGGAGCCACUAAAGUAUACGCGAUACUGACUCACGGAGUAUUCGCUGGAAAUGCUAUUGAGAAGAUUAAUAACUCAUGUCUCGAGGGCAUCGUAGUAACAAAUACGAUCCCUCAAGAUACUAAUAUGAAAAUGUGCCCUAAGAUACAAACUAUUGACAUAUCUGUGAUGCUAGCCGAGGCUAUAAGGCGUACACAUUACGCAGAAUCGGUCUCUUAUCUGUUUACAAAUGUGCCUUAUUAG